AUGAGCGCACCUCAAGCGAACGAGACGGAAAAGAACAUCGAAAUAUGGAAGGUUAAGAAGCUUAUCAAGCGGCUUGAAUUAGCCAGAGGAAAUGGAACCUCCAUGAUUUCGCUGAUCAUUCCUCCCAAGGAUCAGGUUUCGCGUGCCGCCAAGAUGUUGGCUGAAGAAUACGGCACGGCAUCUAACAUUAAAUCCCGAGUCAAUCGUCUGUCCGUGUUGUCCGCUAUUACAUCUACGCAGCAACGUCUAAAGCUCUAUACCAAAGUUCCCCCCAAUGGCCUCGUUGUCUACUGUGGUGAAAUUAUCACGUCAGAAGGAAAAGAACGAAAGAUCAACAUCGACUUCGAGCCGUUCAAGCCAAUCAAUACUUCCCUUUACCUUUGCGACAACAAGUUUCACACCGAAGCCCUGAGCGAGUUGCUCGAGUCGGACCAGAAGUUUGGUUUCAUUGUCAUGGAUGGUAACGGAGCUCUUUUCGGAACUCUAAGUGGAAAUACUCGAGACGUCAUUCAAAAGUUCUCCGUUGAUCUCCCCAAGAAACACGGUCGUGGUGGUCAAUCCGCCCUCCGUUUCUCCCGUCUCAGAGACGAAAAGCGUCACAACUAUGUCCGUAAAGUUGCUGAAUUGGCCGUGCAGAAUUUCAUCACCAACGAUAAGGUCAAUGUAGCCGGUCUUAUUCUUGCUGGUUCCGCCGACUUCAAAAAUGAUCUGAACCAGUCUGAUAUGUUUGACCAACGACUCCAGACGAAGGUCAUCAAGGUCGUCGAUGUAUCUUAUGGUGGCGAGAACGGUUUCAACCAGGCCAUUGAGUUGGCCGCGGAGACUUUGGGCAAUGUCAAAUUCAUUCAGGAGAAGAAGCUGAUCGGCAAAUACUUUGAAGAAAUCAGCCAAGACAGCGGCAAAGUCUGCUAUGGUAUCGAAGAUACCCUCAAGGCCAUGGAACUGGGUGCUGCAGAGACAUUGAUCGUUUAUGAGAACUUGGACGUGACGCGCUGGGUCCUGAAGUCAUCUACCGGAGAGGAGAUCAUUCUGCACACGACCAAGGCCCAGGAAGCAAACCGAGAGAUGUUCAUGGACAAGGAAUCAGGCCAGGAAAUGGAAAUUGUCGACCAGGGCUCAUUUCUGGAAUGGCUUGCCGAGAAAUAUAAGGAUUUCGGAGCCACUUUGGAAUUUGUUUCUGACCGCUCCAGCGAGGGUAACCAGUUCGUCAAAGGCUUUGGUGGUAUCGGCGCAAUUCUCCGGUACAAAGUCAACUUUGAACAACUUGCCGAUUUUGAUGAAGAUGAUGACGAGUUUUACGACGGGAGCGAGGAUGAGCGCCCAGAAAUUUCCACCGCGGAUGUUCUGACGGCUCGCCGCAUGAAAAGCAAAGCCGUUGCAAAACAGAUUUUCGAGGCCGUUCUUGUGAAAGUCGGUUGUCUUGAAACUGAGAUCUCCGCCAACAUGGUCCGAGGCCCAUCCAAGCUCCACAUAGUGGAUACGUUCACCAGUACGGUGUCUGUGACUCGAAACUUUUGA